AUGCCCGCGCCGCUGCCGCUGCCGCUGCCUGCCGUCGCGCGCGAGCUGGCCGAGCUCCUCGUCGCCCUCUCCGCCGCCCGCACGCUCCCAAAAGGACAGCAGCUCCACGGCCACCUCCUCAAGGCUGGACACGUCCCCGCCACCGCCUCCUCCCACACGCUGCUCGGGCACCACCUCCUUACCUUCUACGCGCGCUGCGCGCUCCCGGACCUCUCCCUCCGCGCCUUCCUCGACCUCCCCGCGCCGCCCUCUCCUGCGGCAUGGUCCUCCCUCAUCUCCUCCUUCGCCCAGAACGGCCUCGCCGCCGCCGCCUUCGACACGUUCCGCCGCAUGCUCGCGGCGGGCGUCCCCGCCACCGAUCGCAACAUCCCUUCAGCUGCGAAGGCCGUCGCCGCUGCCGAGACCUUGUCGCGCCCUCCGUUCGCCCCUCACGCGCUCCACGGCCUCGCCGCCAAGACUCCGUUCGCGUGCGACGUGUUUGUUGGGUCGGCGAUUCUCGACAUGUAUGCCAAGUGCGGACACCUUGCAGACGCCCGCCGGUUAUUCGAUGAAAUGCCGGAACGGAAUGUUGUCUCCUGGUCCGCACUCAUCUGUGGGUAUGCUGACGCGGGGAUGCAUCCUGCAGCGAUGGGAAUCUUCCGCUUGGCACUUGAGGAGGCCGUGCCGGUGAAUGACUACACAGUUUCUUGCAUCAUCCGAGUAUGUGCUGAAGCGACACUCUUUGAGCUUGGAGCCCAGGUGCAUGCCAGGGCUACAAAGACAGCGCUUGAUGCAUCACCUUUUGUGGGUAGCUCACUUGUUUCGGUUUACUCAAAGUGUGGGCUUGUAGACUGUGCUUACCGGGUGUUCAAUGAAGCACCUGAGAAGAACCUUGGCAUUUGGAAUGCAGUGCUCAUUGCAUCUGCUCAGCAUGGGCAUACUGCUGCAGCAUUUGAGCGCUUUAUGGAUAUGCAGAAUGCUGGAUUCCGGCCCAAUCACAUAACCUUCCUGUGCUUGGUCACUGCUUGUAGCCAUGCUGGCCUUGUUGAUGAGGGGAAGCGAUAUUUUUCUCUCAUGAAAGAUUAUGGUAUUGAACCACAGGCUGAACAUUAUGCUUCAAUGGUUGACCUACUUGGUCGUGUAGGACGUAUAAAGGAAGCACUUGAUCUUAUUGAGUCCAUGCCCAUGGAACCACCAGAGUCUGUUUGGGGUGCACUACUCAUGUCAUGUCGUAUAUUUAAGGACGCUGACACUGCAGCAAUUGCUGCAAAGAGGCUGUUUGAGACUGGGUCUCGCAGCUCUGGGGCACAUAUGCUUUUGUCAAGCACAUAUGCAGCUGCAGGAAGGCAUAUUGAUGCAGCUCUUGCUAGGAAAGCAAUGCGUGAUGCAGGUGUACGGAAAGAAACAGGACUUAGCUGGUUGGAAGCUGCAGGGGAGGUGCAUACCUUUGUAUCGAACUGCAGGAGACACCAACGAAGCGAGGAAAUUUACAAGGUGCUAGAGAAAGUUGGUGAGAAGAUGGAGGCAGCUGGUUAUGUGGCAGACACUAGUGCAGUGGUUAAGGAUGUGGAUGGGGAUGAGAAGCGAGCAACAGUGAGGUAUCACAGUGAAAGGCUAGCAAUAGGGUUAGGUCUUUUGAUCGUUCCACAAGGUGUGCCAAUCCGAGUUAUGAAGAAUUUGCGCGUGUGUGAUGAUUGCCACAAUGCAAUUAAGUAUCUAACUAAGUGCACAGGUAGAGUUGUGGUUCUUAGGGAUAAUCGUCGGUUCCACCGAUUUGAAGAUGGGGGGUGCUCUUGUGGGGAUUUCUGGUAA